AUUCCUCAACGCCCUAAGCAAACUACCAUGUAACUCUUAUUCUCUGUCUCUCUCUGUUGCACAGCCGCUGUUCCCAUUUGGAUUCAUUCAGAGGGUUUAUCAUAUGGGUUUUGGGGUUUGAUGGAGCUUAGAUGAUUUGUGGUGAAGAGAGCAAAAUGAGAGGUGCCGAGGGAAGAAGGUUGUGUGAGGAGUUCUCGCCUGCGUAUUAUGGGCUGUGCACUGUGGGUGGAAUGCUCAGUGCUGGCGCUACCCAUCUCGCAAUCACUCCUCUUGAUGUCUUGAAAGUUAAUAUGCAGGUUAAUCCAAUUAAAUAUAACAGGAUGGGUUCAGGGUUUUCUAUUCUCUGGAGAGAACAAGGCCCUUAUUCCCUUUGGAGAGGUUGGUCUGGCAAAUUGUUUGGAUACGGUAUUCAGGGUGGCUGCAGAUUUGGUCUAUAUGAAUACUUUAAGAAGCUAUACUCUGAUGUGCUGAUAAAUCAGAACAGGAGUACCAUAUUCUUUCUCAGCAGUGCCUCUGCUCAAGUAUUUGCUGAUAUUGCUCUCUGUCCAUUUGAAGCCGUCAAAGUUCGCGUUCAAACACAGCCCAGAUUUGCAAAGGGCUUGGUUGAUGGCUUUCCAAAACUAUAUUCAACUGAAGGGCUAGCUGGCUUGUACAAAGGACUUUUACCACUUUGGGGUCGAAAUCUGCCAUUUGCAAUGAUAAUGUUCACGACAUUUGAGCAUUCGGUGGAUCUGGUUUAUCACAAAGUUAUUCAUAAAAGAAAAGAAGAUUGCUCAAUUGUCCAACAGCUUGGUGUGACAUGUUUAGCGGGAUAUGCAGCAGGAGCUGUUGGUACUGUUGUCUCUAACCCUGCAGACAAUAUUGUCUCCUCUUUGUACAAUAAAAAGGCCAACAGUGUGAUGCAGGCUGUGAGGAACAUUGGCUUUGCUAACCUAUUUACUAGAAGCCUUCCCAUUCGAAUUACGCUUGUUGGCCCUGUUAUUACUUUGCAGUGGUUUUUCUAUGACACCAUUAAAGUGCUAAGUGGAUUGCCAUCCAGUGGAGGGCUUACCAGACGUCUGGAAGAAGCUAACCUAUCGGCUUAAGAUUAUGGUAAAAAUAAACAGCAAAUCAAUGGGAUCAAUCGCUUUCAGAGCAGAUAUUUCAUCAAAUUCUAUAUCUUCAACAAAAUAUGAGACUACUCAUUCCUUGGCCGGCUAACACUAUCAGAACUUUUCGACUCUGAUUGUUCUUUGCACUAUAGUAGCCCUAUAGGUGCAUUAGAACGAAUUGUUUCAUUUUUAUCCAGGAGUUUUGUCCGUGUAUUUCACGGAUAUACAGUAGUUUCAGGAGAGUAUGAUUUUGGGUACACAAGUGCAAUGUAAAUAAACUUCCAUGCUCAUGUUCAUGUGCAGCAGCAAUUAUAAAAUGUUAGCUUCAGGGAUUUUCUGUAUUCGUGGAGAACUGAGAAGUGUUUGGUUUCAUAAAUUCAUAAUACAGAAUUACAUAUAGGCAGAGUGGCAUGAAAAGGAAGAGCU